UGAGGUUCUCGCCGACAUCCUCUGACUCAUUGUACACACUGAUGACACUCGAGGUGGAGCUGCAGGCCAUACUCCCAAGCCUGCUAACCAAGGCUGACUUCGAGGCUCUCUCUGACCGUCUGAGCCAAGUAGUGCAAAUGGAAAUUGCCCGGAUGCACGCAGACCUUGCAAACGUUGACACCAGGGUGUUGGUGGCGGAAGUGGAGACCUGGUCGCUCCAUACAGACCUCAAACAAACCAUUACUGCGGUGAUGGGAUGUGAAACUGACCUGGCCCAUGUCACAAAUUGGGUGGAUGACCUGGAAAACCACGGCCACAGACUGAAUCUCUGCAUCAGAGGG